AUGUUUGAAAACAACAAACCUGAAAAUUUGACAAUCAAAGUAACUGAUGUUAAUGACAAUGCUCCCAGAUUUGAAUUACCUGAUUAUCAGGCUCAUAAUGUGGAUGAAGAUGUACCAAUUGGAACAUCUAUACUCCAAGUUUCUGCCAGUGAUAUGGAUCAAGGAAAAAAUGCUGAAAUUGAAUAUUCUGUAGACAAAGAUGAUUUUACUAUUGAUAAUAGGGGAAUUAUAUAUUCUAAUAAAAGACUGGAUGCAGAUAUCAAUAAUACAUAUGUAUUAACAGUGAGAGCUACUGAUCGAGGAGAUCCACCAUUAACUGGUACAGCAACUAUUCGAAUAUAUACUGAAAAUAAAAAUGACGAACCUCCUAAAUUUAGUCAAGAUGUUUAUACUCCAAAUGUGGAUGAAAAUGCUGGGCCAGAUACACUAGUGACUACAGUGGUAGCAAGUGAUAAAGAUGGUGAUAAUAUAUAUUUUGGAUUUGUUGGUGGGGGGACAGUUUCUGGAAUGUUUCAAAUAGAGGAAAGAACAGGUGUAAUACGUCUUAUCAAUGGUCCUAUCCAUUUGGAUAAAGAUAAAUAUGAAUUAAAUGUUACAGCUAGAGAUGAUGGUAGUUGUUGUAAAAAUGGUGCACAUACCACCCACACAAGCACAGCACUUGUAGUUGUAUUUAUAACAGAUGUUAAUGAUAAUAAACCAGUUUUUGAAGAAUGUGGAACAUAUGCACCACAAGUAGAAGAAGGUGCUCCCAGUGGUACUUCAGUAAUUAAAGUGAGUAAAAUUCUAUUUCUUUGUACAAUAAAUGAUAUCAUAAAUUACAAAUUAAAAAAUAUACAGUAAUUUAGUUUUAAAACA